GCUGCAUUGUGGGACUAGGGUUUAACGAGCGGCUAAAUGUUAACAAAGAGAAAAUAGUUUGGUUGUUUGGGUUUUCGCAAAUUCUAAAAGGAACCAAAACCAGCAGCAGAAGCAGUUAUGGCCGAAGCAGAGCACAAAUCACCUGAGUCUGAGGAUCAAACUAAGAAUAAGAAACUGCGCAAGAGGAAAAGACCUCGUAAGACUGAGCAGCGAGAAGAGGAGAAUGGCGAUGCGGAAUCUGCCGAAGAGGAGCAGAAGAAGGAUGAGAAGUUUGAGAGUGGGCAACAACAACAAACUGAAGAAGAUGGUGAUGAUGAAGAAGGGGAAUAUAAAAAAGUGAAGAACGUUGCUACUGGAAUUAUGAGCGCUGAAUCUUUUGCGUCUCUGGGACUGUCUGAACCUACUUCUAAGGCUAUUUUGGAUAUGGGUUUCCAGCGUAUGACUCAGAUUCAAGCGAGAGCGAUUCCGCCACUUUUGAUUGGAAAAGAUGUUCUUGGUGCUGCCAGGACAGGUGCUGGAAAAACUCUUGCCUUUUUAAUUCCAGCUGUGGAAUUGUUGUACAACAUUCAGUUUACUCCUCGUAAUGGAACCGGUGUUGUUGUCAUAUGCCCUACAAGAGAACUUGCGAUUCAGACACAUGCUGUGGCAAAGGAACUACUCAAGUAUCAUUCACAAACUCUUGGAUUGGUUAUUGGGGGUUCAGGUAGAAAAGGAGAAGCUGAGCGCAUUGUUAAAGGCGUAAACCUGUUGGUUGCAACUCCUGGUCGUCUUCUUGAUCACCUUCAAAAUACAAAGGGAUUCAUAUAUAAAAACUUGAAAUGCCUCAUGAUUGAUGAAGCUGACAGGAUAUUGGAAGCAAACUUUGAGGAGGAAAUGAAGCAGAUCAUUAAUUUACUUCCAAAGAAAAGACAAACAGCUUUGUUUUCAGCUACGCAAACAAAGAAGGUUGAGGAUCUUGCCCGCUUGUCGUUUCAGACAACUCCUAUCUAUAUUGAUGUAGAUGAUGGGAGAAAAAAGGUUACAAAUGAAGGAUUGCAGCAGGGCUAUGUUGUUGUUCCCUGUGCCAAGCGUUUUGUUGUUCUCUAUUCAUUCUUGAGGAGAUAUCAAUCAAAAAAAGUGAUGGUCUUUUUCUCUUCAUGCAACUCUGUCAAAUUCCAUGCAGAUCUUCUCAAAUGCACUGGGUUGGACUGCUUAAAUAUUCAUGGAAAACAAAAGCAGCAUGCCCGGACAACUACCUUCUUUAACUUCUGCAAAGCAGAAAAGGGGAUCUUGCUUUGUACUGAUGUUGCUGCUCGUGGACUUGACAUUCCUGAUGUGGACUGGAUUGUGCAGUAUGAUCCACCUGAUGAACCUAAGGAAUACAUCCAUAGGGUUGGUAGAACAGCUCGUGGGGAAGGUGGAAAAGGAAAUGCUUUACUUUUCCUGAUUCCUGAAGAAUUGCGAUUUCUUCACUAUUUGAAGGCAGCAAAGGUCCCUGUGAAAGAGUAUGCAUUUGAUGACAAGAAGCUUGCAAAUAUACAGUCUCAACUGGAGAAGUUGGUGGCUAGCAUUUAUCAUUUGAACAAUAUGGCUAAAGAGGCUUAUAGGUCAUAUAUAUUAGCAUAUAAUUCACAUUCUAUGAAGGAUAUAUUCAAUGUUCACCGCCUUGAUUUACAGGCUGUUGCUGCUUCAUUCUGUUUCACAAACCCACCGAAGGUCAAUCUGAAUAUAGAUAGCAGUGCUUCAAAGCAUAGGAAGAAAAUACGCAAAUUGUAAGGAAGCAUUAGCAGGAGACAUGCCACCACUUUAUAGUGAAUGCGAUUCCCAUCUCCAGUCAACCACAAAACCACCGCCUCCCCUCCCUCCACAACAGAAAGUUUUGGUAGGAACCCCAAAUUUAUAUUGUGAUAUGUAUUCUGUAACUUCGUCAAAUAUUUAGGUUGUUAGAGGGAUCGGAAUUUGUCAACUGGAAUGUGUUAUGCGCAAUUUUGAACUGUAAUAUUCGACAUGAUCACCGGUUUCUCAUCCAAUGUUUCCAAUUUGUAAGGUUUUUUUUUUUAUUAUUUAUCUUCAAGUUAA